AAUCGAGAAAACUAUGAUUCCCAGAUCCAUUGAUUAACCAAGUCGUUCCCAAUUUGUUGAUUUACCAAGUUAAUUUGUUCAAAACGGAUAAAACUAAAACCAACUCAACAAUGAAGUCAUUUUUCGUGAUCAGUUUAAUUGUUCUUAUUGCAGCAAUGGUCAGCGCUCAAGAAACUUUAACCGGCCUUUACAACACCAGACGACUCCCUGCUCAAAAUGAAUACGCAGCAAGAAGCCUUCAUGCCGCUAAUCAAGAAUAUGGUCAAGCUCAACAGGCUCGAGCUGUUGCAGCUCAAUCAGCCCAAGCAGCUCAAGCAGCUCAUGCAGCCCAUGCAAAUCAAAUGGCCCCAUCAGCUGGUAUGAAUGCUCGUCAAGUUGAUAUGAUGGUUCGACAGGCUGCCGAUAAAGCCGCUAUAAUGGUCACUCGAUGGGCCAAGGCAUUGAGAGAGACAAUGAUUGAAAAUGCUGGUCGUGAAGCUUCUGCUGAAGGACAAGCUUUUUAAUCUAAUGUUGCUUCUUAUAUUGAGUAGUCAACAAACAUGGUUAAUCAACCUAAAACGAGAAGAUCCAAAUCGCAAGUCUUAUCUGCUACUUUACUAAACAAAAAUAAACAUAAAUAUUUCAGACACUUAAACCUGUAACCAGCUUUUUGCCUUACCUUUUUGUCGUAUUUUUCACGUUGCCUUGACCACAUCCACUUCCAAUGGUCAGAUUGCCAUCAAUAAUAAAAAUAAAUUAAAAUAAAA